ACAAAGUCAAGAGAGUGGACGCACGAGUGAGGUCGUGGCACACUGACUUGUGUAACUCGAGACUUACUAUUUAGUUUGGUGUUAUGUUUGUGAGACAUAGACAUAACUGACCAACUGAUUGAGAAUUAUAGGGAGGCAGGAGGCGACAGUGAGGCAGAGAGGAGGUAGAGGUAACGUUAGUCGAACGUGGGGAGGAGGCGAAGUGAGCGGACAAGGCACCGUAGUUUUCUUGGAUUCUAUUGCAUGUCAUUUUCAACUCAUACCUUGCACGGAAAGAGCUAAAUUCACAAGACUGGGGCACGUCUGGAGGAAGCGCCAGUCCUUGAUUCCUUUACAAUGAAGAAAAACAAUUCGGCGAAACGGGGCCCGCAGGAUGCUAACCAGCAGUCCUCACAGCCAGACAAAGUCGGAUGGAUCCGCAAAUUUUGUGGAAAAGGGAUAUUCAGAGAAAUCUGGAAAAAUCGGUUUGUUAUGCUUAAAGGAGACCACCUCUACAUCUCAGAGAAAGAGGUCAAAGAUGAGAAGAAGAUCCAGGAUGUGGUCGACCUGACAGACUACGAGCGCUCAGAGGAACUGCGCAAGGCUAAGAGCCGCAGCAAGAAAAACCACAGCAAGUUCACCCUGCUGCGCUCCCGGCAGCCUGGCAACACGGUCCCCAAUCUAGUCUUUCUGGCGGUUAGUCCAGAGGAGAAGGAGUCUUGGAUCAACGCAAUCAAUGGAGCCAUCACAAAGGCCAAGAACCGCAUCCUGGAUGAGGUCACAGUGGAGGAGGAGAGUUUUCUGGCCCACCCAACACGUGACCGAGCAAAGAUCCCUCACACGAGACGCUUGCCCACCCGUGGCCAUCUCAUGGCAGUGGCGUCCACCUCCAGCUCAGACGGAAUGCUGACCCUUGACCUAAUCCAGGAAGAGGACGCGCCGGACUCCUGCGACAAGAGCCUGCGGAUCACCGUGGACAAGUCGCCCGGCUCCUCCUGCUCCACCCCCACGCCCUCCGACCCCCAGCGUCUGAGCCCCGCCUCCGCCCGCACCUCCCCGACCGCCGGAGCCGCCGCCGCCACCUCCUCCGAGGCCCAGAGCAAGUCGCAGUCGCUGCCCCGCCAGGGCGACAUCCCGUGGGAGUGCUCGGGCGGCGAGUCCAGCGGAGGCCUCGGCGGGGCGCGCACCCCGCAGACCGGCCGCAAGCUGACGCCGGCCGAGAAGAGCCGCUGCGCCUCCAUGGACGAGAUCCUGUCCCACUCGGAGACGCGUGGCGGCGGCGUUGGCGGCGCGGGCUCCCGCCGGCCCGGCAUGCCGCACUGCUCGAGCUCGGCGCCCGCCGCCGCGCUGCGGCCCAUCAACCAGCUGCAGGACCUCAUCUGCCAGAAGCUGGAGCGGACUCAGGAGCUGCUGACCGAGGUGCGCAGCGGCGGCGCCGCCGAGAAGGACAGCGGCGCUGGCGGCGGAGGUGGAGGUGCCGGUGCCGGCGGCGGUACUGCGCGGGCGGAGGCCGAGCGGCUCCUGGAGGAGGCCACGUCCACGUGGGGUCAGGCGCGCGACGUGCUGGAGGAGGUCAAGGAGCUGCGGGCGCUCUGCAAGCACCUGGACUCGAGCGUGGCGGGCGGCGCGGCCGGCGUCAGCGCCAACGGCGGGCUGACCAGCUCGGUGUCGGCGCACAACAGCCCCACCACGCUGGGCGGCAAGCUCAAGAGUCCGCAGCAGUCGCACUACAGGAAGAGCAUGAUGUGACCACGCGGCUGAGAGACAGGAAAUGGACCUCACGAUUGCUUCGCUGAUGAAUGAUGAGAUUAACACCCCCACGCCACCCCCUCUCCACUACCCCUUUUCUGCCACCCCCGCUCUUACUGUGUGCAAAAUUAGGAAGGACGGAAAAAACCCAGAGUCACUCAGAGACUGAAACUGAAUGAAAUUAAAUAUAUUUCGCCUGAAAUGUAUUUCCCGUUUUGCUUUUUGCAUCCCUUUGUUGGCGAUGCGGGCAGUUUCACAGAAAUAUGGUGUGUGCGUGGGUUGAGGCAUUGACACAUCUCCCACUGCUGAGCUGACUUCUGUACUGAACACUGGGGCCCUCAAGAGUGUGUCUAGAAUGGUCUAGAUGAGAGAGUGUUUGUGGGGGAGAAGGUGUGUGAGGGUCUCUGAGUCUGUCCCCCGGCUGCUCUGCCUCAUAGAACUCUCAGGGGUACGUGUGUGUGUCUGCACAAUGCUGGGUCAUUAUUCGGGGGCGUUAUGAAUAAAGACAGCCCAAAUCAGGAGGGGGAUGGGGGGGUGGCAAAGCCGGACAGAGGGCAGCCACCUCUAGGGCACACCGUUCCCCAACCCUCUCCCCCCCCCACUCCCCCCACUCCCCCCGUCCUUCUGCCAGCCCGUUGGAAUGUGAAUGUUUUCCUUUUUGACGUCCCAGAACACACUGGAAAGUCUCCACUUCUGCCAAGGGGGGACAC